AUGGCAACAAAAUACCUUAUAGAUGGGGAUCCUCAAAAUCUUCUAAGAUCUAAUUCUCAUCCGAAGGGAUCUAGGACCUGGAAUUUCAUUGUCACGUGCAAAAAUUUAAUUGCAAACUCUUUGUCUUGGGAUAUCCAUGAUGGAUCCUCUAGCCUUCUCUGGGAAGACUCAUGGGGAGGAUAUCCAAGCAUUGACAGGUCUCUCAAUAUUCCAAUAGCUAAGCAUUGGCUUCAACAAUAUUGGGGAUCUCAAGUUAGUGAUUAUUUGGUUUUGGACAGGGCUACUAGAAUGCAAGGAUGGAGCUGGAAGCAAUUGGAGGGAUGGUCUAUUCCUACUGUUGAAAUCAACAAGCUAUCAGACCUUAUAAGAGAGUGGAGUGAUGAUCGUUGUAUAAAGCUUCUAAAGAAUUGUCACAAGGUCUUGCCAGAGAAUGGAAAAGUUAUUGCAAUGGAUUCCAUUUUGCCAGUGGCUACAGAGACCUCUUCCAAUGCCAAACAAACAUUUCAUGUAGAUCUUUGCAUGUUGGCAUUCAACCCAGUUGGAAAAGAGCGUACAGAGGAGGAGUUCAAAGACGUUGCAAAAGCAAUAGGAUUUGCAGGAGGUGUGGAUCCAAUUUGUUGUGUUAAUGGAGUCUGGGUUAUUGAGUUCCAGAAAUGA